CCUGCACGUCGACUCUCUGUAGCUAAUGGUAAAGGAGGCGAUGUAAACGUUGUAGAGAAAGUACAUGUUGAAUAUGCGAACAAAAUUAUACGAAAUAUAUAAAUGACUACGUGUUAUGAAUCUCCAGAAGUGAUCAUUGUCUUGAGCAAGGAAGAGAUUCAUAAAAGAUAUCAAGAUACUGCGAUAAUUAUAUUUAAAGAGCAACAAAGUAAAAAGAAAGAAAUUGUGAGUUACCUUAGUUUUGGAAACAGUCGCAGAACAAUGGAAUAUAGUAACAACGGAAAUCAUCCCGUUAUCAUACGUAAACCUGCAGAGUCUACAAUUAUGCAGAAUACUCAUUUUUCCUCGCGGACGUCGAUAGAAUAUCAUAAACUAGAUAAAAGAUGCGCGAUAACUUAA